AUGGCAUCCUCAUCACCAUUUUGUAGGAUUUUACAAGGGAUAUGUGCCAUUGCUUUGAUUGCAUCUUUGUCACAAGCUCCUGUGAAUGCCGAGAGGAAGUUGCAGGGAUUGCAAAAUGCAUCAAACUCUGAAGAAUUGGAAGUAAAGAGGUCUGACUUCUCAAGCGAUUUCGUGUUUGGAGUCUGUACUGCUGCUGCACAGAUUGAAGGAUCAGCAAAAGAAGCAGGAAAAGGACCAAGUGUUUGGGACCACCAUAUUGAGAAAUACCCAGAAAGAAUUCAGGACGGCUCUAACCUUACAUCCAUCGAUUCAUAUAAGCGAUACAAGGAAGAUGUGAAGGCUCUGAAGGACCUUGGAGUUGAUUCUUAUAGAUUUUCUAUCUCCUGGACCAGGAUUCUUCCUAAAGGAACUUUGAGUGGUGGAGUAAACCAGGAAGGCAUUGACCACUACAACAGCUUGAUUGAUGAAUUACUCAAGAACGGCAUCACACCUUAUGUGACCAUAUUACACUUCGACCCUCCACAAGCUUUGACAGACAAGUAUGGAGGUGUCCUAAAUCGCUCUUUCGUGGAUGAUUUCAAGGAUUACAGUGAACUUUGUUUUAAAACCUAUGGAGAUAGGGUCAAGAAUUGGAUUACAAUCAAUGAGCCAUAUAUUAUGGCUAAGAAUGGUUAUGACUUGGGAGUUGCUCCACCAGCCAGGUGUUCUGUACGAGCACGUUUUCCAUGUACGGUUGGUAAUUCUGCUACUGAACCUUACAUUGUGAGCCAUAACCUACUCCUUGCCCAUGCUACAGUCGUCAAGCUCUACAAAGACAAGUUUCAAGCACAACAAGGUGGACAAAUUGGAAUCAGUCUUGUUGGACCAUAUUAUGAGCCUUAUUCAGGUUCAGCAGAAGACAAAGCUGCAGUAAAGAGAAUUAUGGACUUUGAACUUGGAUGGUACAUGGAGCCAUUAGUAUACGGAGAUUAUCCCAAGUCUAUGAGAGAUUUUGUCAAGGACAGGCUACCCACUUUCACCCAAGAAGAGAAGAAAUUGCUCGAGGGAUCCUUUGAUUUUAUCGGCAUCAAUUACUAUACCACAAGAUAUGUUAAAAACCAACCAGCAAGUACAGCUAAAGCAGUCGCUUAUCGCUUCGAUUCUUUAACAUUAUCUAACUUGACCGAAAACAUAGAUGGAGUCUCAAUUGGUCCUUUGGCUGAAGGAAGCAUUUUUGUCAUCACUCAUCCAGAAGGUCUGCAGAAACUUUUGGAGUUCAUGAAGGAAAACUACCAAAACCCUAAAAUCAUCAUUACUGAAAAUGGAAUUACCGAGGCGAAAAAUGAUAAACGUGAACUUGAUGUAGCACUAAAGGAUCCACAUAGAAUUCAAAGUAUUCUUUGGCAUUUGUACCGGAUCAAGAUGGCAAUAAAGAAUGGUGUAAAUCUCAAGGGAUAUUUUCACUACACUCUAAAUGACGACUUUGAGUGGGGGGAAGGCUUUAUUCCAAGAUUCGGGCUUUACUAUGUCGACUACAAAGACAAUCUCAAACGCAUUCCUAAAGACUCUGCGAAGUGGCUCCCUAAGUUCCUAAAGGGUGAGGCUUAG